AUGCUCUUCAGCAGCCUUUUCUGCGACUCAGCAUCGUCGGAGAACUUUUCUGGCCAUCCGGGUGUUGAGAGAUGCCCAUUCCUGAGGAACAUCAAUGGAGCUACAACCUUUUCAUUUUCUUCUGCUUUGCCUGUAGCUGCCCGUGGAGGCAAGGGUCCAAUCUUUGAGGAUGGACCAGGCUUUGAGUCGGCAUUCAAGCUUUUCCAUGGACAGGAUGGGAUAGUUCCCCUUUCAGGAAGAUCAUAUGUGCCUGAUGAGAACCGCAGUGAGAGCACUGAUGUCAAGCCUGAACCUGCUCUGCCCUUUAAUCCAUUGGCUGCUAGAGCCGCUACCAUAAGUCUAUCAGCAUUUGGACCAUUUGGGUUUAACUUCUUUAAUGGCAAGGGCAAAAAGCAGAACAAGAAGCCCAACAAUCUAGACCAGUCACACAAGAAGCCCAACAAGCCAGAUCAGAAUUCCAUGAAAAUAGUAUUAACAAAGGAAAACUACCUCUCAUUUGGUCUCCUAGGCAACCCACCAUCCCAUGAGGCAAUGAGCGAUGAAUGGCUAGAAAAUGGGCAGUGCCCACUUGCCCGUUCUUACCGUGCAAUGAGUGGCGUUCUGCCCCUUGUCGCCAAGGCUCUACAGCCACCAGCUGGUAUGAAGCUGAAGUGCCCGCCUGCGAUUGUUGCUGCACGAGCAGCCCUUGCACGCACAACCCUCGUGAAGUCCCUCCGUCCCCAGCCCCUGCCUGCAAAGAUGGUAGCCAUCGCAAUGCUCGGGAUGGCAGCGAAUGUCCCUCUAGGGGUGUGGCGCGAGCACACCAAGAAAUUCUCCCCCCAGUGGUUCGCUGCCGUGCACGCCGCCGUUCCGUUCAUCGCGAUGCUGAGGAAGUCUGUCAACAUGCCCAGGACCGCGAUGGUGUUCACCAUAGCAGCCUCCAUCCUUGGGCAGACCAUCGGGUCUAGGGCCGAGCGCAUCCGCCUGAAGACUCUGGCUGCAAAGGGCACCGCCGGCCCCGCCACCGCAGUCACUGUCAUGUAUCCAGACAAGAGCUGCAGCUGCAGCGACGCCGAGGGCAAGGCGUGGGAUCCUCUUGCGCUGAAGAUGCCUGGCUCUGCUAACGCAGGCGCUCCUGCACCUACCCCUAGCAUGUGCUUCUAA